CUGAUGAGUGCAGUGAGAGCUGCGCACUGAGGCGGCUGACAGUCAGCUGGUCCCCCCGGCUACAGAGCUCCGUGAAGCGGCGUUAGUGAAAGCCCAGCCCCCCUGCUGGAUCCCGGGAUCCCGCGGCUCUUCUCCUUCCUCUCCGCCUGGUUUAUGUAGCUGAACCCGGGACUACGCUAGGGAGCUGUCUCUCUUACUGAGUGGAGAUGUCUACGCCGGGUUACACCAGCAAUCUGAACUCGACUUACGGCGUGAACCCGACGCAGAACGGAGCCGCGGCGCUUCAUCACCACCCUCAUCCUCCUCAUCCUCCGCUCCAGCCUCAGCAGCGCAACGGUCCAGAUCCGACACAUCCCGCCAUGUAUCCCGCCUCCAGCUACUACAGCGGGCUCCCCCAGCAGGGCUACCCCUCUGGACCGGCCCAGGGCCUGCCGGCGCCGGGCAAGGCCCCGCUGAUGAACGCAGAUUACAGCGGGAACUACUACCACAAAACCCACUCGCAGCCCGGAGCACCACCGGGUCCGUACCCGCCUCCCCCGACCUCUCAAACCCCCACCCAGCCCCCCUCCACCACCAACCCGCCUGUAUCCGGAGCCCCCCAGUACCUGCCGCAGUCCUACCAGCAGCCUGUCCCCUACUCCAUGUCCGCUAACUACUAUGGACAGCACUAUAGCGCCACCUCUCAGGGGCAGCCGGUGCAGCAGCAGUACCACCAGCUGCACCACCCACACCAACAGCAGCAGCAGCAGCAGCAGCAGCCGAACCUGGUGCCAGCCUCCAGUGGCACCACUCUUGGCACCCCACUUUACCCCAUUGUCUCGUAUCCUUCGGCACCCGGGAGCAGCCAGUACGGGACGUUGCGAUCGUCCCAGGCGCCUGCAGGGCCGCCGCCCAUCCCGAACAUGAUGCCACCUCCUACCCAGAAUGCUUUGCAGCAACAACAACAACAACAACAACAGCAGCCGCAGCAGCAGCAUCAGUAUCCUCACGGCAAUGGGCCCACACCUACACCAACUCAGCAGGGGUAUGGAGCUCCUCCCCUCCACCAGACAGCCACGGUCAACGGCCAAUCAAAUGCAGGUCAGCAGCACUACGACCAAACCCCCCCGGCUCCAGUCGGUCCUCAGUAUGGCAGCGCGGCUCCCAGCCCGGGGGCUCUGGAUGGCGGGAGCCGUCCGCCCUCCGGUGCUCCCUCCGCACACUCUUCACCCGGACACCAGCAGGGGCUGCUGUAUGGUGGAUAUGGGGGCAAUAGAGCUGCUAGUUCCUCCACAGGGUUGCCAGGCGACCACUCCUCAUCCAGCUCUGACCACGAAGACGAGGAUGAGGAGGAUGAGGAAGCAGGUGGGGACAGUUCCUCUACGACUACAGGAAGUGCGUCUCCUGUUCCAAACAGCUACGAGUCUCUAGAGGGAGGGAGCUACCCAGGCCCCUCCUCUGUUCCUCCAACUAACGAUGCCUCCAAACAAGCUCCGCCUUUUGGCUACAACUAUCCAACCAUGCCUCCAGCUUACCAACAAAACCCCGCCCCCAGGCCAGACACUACUGCAUCACAGGGAGGUUAUAACGCACCUGGAUAUCAGCCAUAUUCACAGCCGUUCCCCAGUCUGUCUCAGCUCUCGGCGGCGCUGGGGGGUCUGAGUGGGGUCCCUGAGCUGGAGGUUGAAGCUCUGAGGCCGGUGAAUCUGCUGCAGGAGCGGAGCAUCCUCCCCCCGAGCCCCCCGGCUCCACCUGAGCCCAACCUGAGCAGCGACCUGCGCAAAGUCAACUGCAGUCCAGAUACGUUCCGCUGCACUCUGAGCUGCAUCCCUCAGACUCAGGCUCUGUUGAAUAAAGCUCGGCUGCCGCUGGGACUGCUCCUGCACCCGUUCAGGGAUCUGACGCAGUUACCAGUCAUCACCUCUAAUACGAUCGUGCGCUGCCGCUCGUGUCGGACGUACAUUAACCCGUUCGUGUCUUUUCUGGACCAGCGGCGGUGGAAGUGUAACCUGUGCUACCGUGUGAAUGACGUCCCUGAUGAGUUCAUGUAUAACCCCGUCACGCGGUCGUACGGAGAACCACACAAGAGACCAGAGGUGCAGAAUUCUACUGUAGAGUUCAUCGCCUCCUCAGACUAUAUGCUGCGGCCUCCCCAACCUGCUGUCUACCUGUUUGUGAUGGAUGUAUCCCAUAAUGCCAUAGAGACGGGUUACCUGAAUGUGUUGUGCCAGUCGCUGCUGGAGAACCUGGAGAAGUUGCCGGGUGAUUCUCGGACUCGGGUGGGGUUCCUGACGUUUGACAGCACCAUCCACUUCUAUAACCUGCAGGAGGGUCUCUCCCAGCCCCAGAUGCUGGUGGUCUCUGAUAUAAACGACGUGUUUAUUCCGACUCCUGACAGUUUGCUGGUGAAUCUGAAAGAGAGCAUGGAGUUGGUGAAGGACUUGCUGAGCUCUCUGCCGGGGAUGUUUAUGAGCACGCGGGAGACUCACAGCGCUCUGGGGCCGGCGCUGCAGGCAGCGUAUAAGCUGAUGUCGGCCACCGGGGGGCGCGUCUCCGUGUUCCAGACCCAGUUACCCACACUCGGAGCGGGCAUGCUGCAGUCCCGAGAGGACCCCAACCAGAGGUCCAGCAACAAGACGGUGCAGCACCUGGGUCCUGCUACAGAUUUCUAUAAGAAGCUGGCUCUGGACUGUUCGGGUCAGCAGAUCGGAGUCGACCUGUUCCUGCUCAGCUCCCAGUACGCUGAUAUGGCUUCUUUAGCGUGUAUGUCGAAGUAUUCAGCCGGCAGCGUCUUCUACUACCAGGCGUUCCACCACCACCACAACCAGGCCCAGAAGGUGAAGCUGCACAAGGACCUGCAGCGAUACCUCACCAGGAAGAUCGGCUUCGAGGCCGUCAUGAGGAUCAGGUGCACUAAAGGGUUGUCGAUCCACACGUUCCACGGGAACUUCUUCGUGCGCUCCACUGAUCUGCUGUCUCUGGCGAACGUGAACCCGGACUCCGGAUUCGCUGUGCAGAUGUCUAUAGACGAGAGUUUAGCCGACACUUCCCUCGCGUGCUUCCAGGCUGCUCUGCUCUACACAUCCAGCAAAGGUAAACGGCGAAUCAGAGUGCACACGCUGUGUCUGCCGGUGGUGAGCCAGCUCAGUGACGUGUUCGCCGGCGCCGACGUUCAAGCCAUCACCUGCUUACUCGCCAACAUGGCUAUAGACCGCUCCAUCUCCUCCAGCUUGUCGGAUGCUCGGGACGCGCUGGUGAACGCGGUGGUGGACUCGUUGGAGGCGUUCCGCUCUAACGGCUCUAACCUGCAGCCGGCCGGCCUCAUCGCCCCUGCAGCCCUGCGCCUCUUCCCUCUAUACGUACUCGCACUGCUCAAACAGAAAGCUCUGAGGACGGGGGUGAGCACACGGCUGGAUGAGCGAUUGUUCUCCAUGUGUGAGUUUAAGAGUCAGCCGCUCAGACAGGUGAUGCGCAUGGUCCACCCCGACCUGUACCGCAUCGAUAAUCUCACCGAACAGGGGGCGCUGCACCUGAAUGAGCGGGUGGUUCCUCAGCCUCCGCUGCUGCAGCUCACAGCUGAGAAGCUCAGCCGAGAGGGAGCGUUCGUCAUGGACUGUGGCAGCGUGUUGUUCCUCUGGGUGGGGAAGUGCUGUAACGAGGUGUUUAUACGGGACGUCCUGGGCUGCCCCAACUACGCCUCCAUUCCCCCCAACAUGACGGAGAUUCCUGAGUUGGAGACGGCGGCGUCGGAGAGGAGCAGAGCAUUUGUGUCGUGGCUGCAGGAGUCCAGAGCAUUCCCUGCUGCUUUCUACAUUCUCAAAGAUGACCCCUCCUCUAAGAGUAACUUCUUCCAGCACCUGGUGGAGGACCGGUCUGAGUCGGCGUUCUCCUACUACGAGUUUCUGCUUCACGUCCAGCAGCAGAUGUCCAAAUAGCGGCUCGUCCAAUCCAAGUCCGGCGUCUCACGGCUGUUCCGGCACCGCGGACAAACCCACUUUUAGCAGGACGCUGUCCGAUUGGACCACAGCGUGACAGAGACACACCCCCUCCCACCUCCCACCGGCCAAUCACAGCCUGUGGCGCCCGGAGAGGGAGGGGACAGAACCACUGAGGAAAUUGAAGAAGUAAAAACUGAUUGAACAGAUGUGAACAGAUGUGAACGAGUGCGGAGACGAGACCGUGUUCUCGGACGCUUUAGACUAUAUAUGAACUGCAGAUAGACACACAGACACACACUGGACCUGAUCCCCUGAGUCCGGCGCCGAGCUUAGCCACCGUCAUACCACUGAACCUGUGUCCCAUCCCCCUCUCUCUCUCUCUCUCUCUAUCUCUAUCUCUCUCUCUUCUCUUUAUUCAUCCUUUAUUUCAUUUUUUCUUUUUUAAUUUUCCCUCUGAGCUUUAUCACGUGUUCAGUGCUCUGACCAUGUGUCACACACAGCCAUCACUAAUAUCUAACACUUUAUUGUUCUUCACUUCUUUUUUUUUUUUUUUUUUUCUCUCUCCACACUUCUAUACCUCACAAUACAAUACAAUGCUCACAUAACGUCACUGUCACACACACACCAAAAACCUGUAUCUGCAAAACAAACAAACAAAAAAACUUUACAGUCUUAUAAAAAAUAGAAAUCAGUGUAAAGUUGUAAAAAGAUUAUUUUCCAAGUCAUUCUGAAAUUUGAAAACUUGAGAACGCAACAGAAUGAAGGUCUGUCAAGCAUGGUGGAGGUUGUGUCGUGGCUUUAGGUUGAAUGACAUGGAAUAAAAAAUCUUUCUAGAUGUGGAUGGGUCCAUUUUGGGGCAUUUCUAUUGGUCUGUUCUUUGUAGCAUUUUCGAGACAACUCGAGAACACAGCAGAGCAAAGAUCUGUCAAGCAUGGUGGAGGUAGUAGCAUAGCUUAGGUUGAAUGACUUGGGUUGAAUUGGAUAGAAAUCCUGGAUGGAUCUUUCUAGAUGUUACAAGAUUUGAUUCAACGCCAUUUGGAGCCUCUUUAUUGGUCUGUUCUUCAUAGCAUUUUCAAGAGAACUCGAGAGCACAACAGAGAAAAGAUCUGUCAAGCAUGGUGGAGGUAGUGUCGUGGCUUAGGUUGAAUGAAAUGAGCAGAAAAUAUUCUACCCAUAUUUGUGGAAGCAAAGACAUUUUUCAGCUUGUUUAUUGGUCCUUUUUUUGCUACAGUUUGACAAUGCAGGCACGUAGAAGAACAAUCGUAUCAGCAUGUCAAGCAUGGUGAAGGUAGUGUAUGAUUCAAUUUGGACACAAUAUAAAGGACAGCUUCCUAAAUCACAUUAGGACACAAAUGACAACAAAACGACAGAAAUACAGGGAGAUACAAGGUUUUGUUGGACAGUGUUAACACCUUGAUUAUUAUUUCAGUUACACCUACAUUUUUUUUAAGUUUAUAUUCAUCACCUGUUUCUUUCUUUUCUUUUUGUUUCCCUCUAUUGUUUUUUUUUAUUAUUUUAUAGUGUAUCGUAGAGGUGGGUAAUCCAGGUCCAGAAAGUAAAAAUCCAUCCCAGGGUUUUGUGCCAACUGCCUGGGCGGCUCUGCUGCAGCUCAGCAGGAAACCCUGGGAUGGAUUUUUACUUUCUGGACCUGGAUUACCCACCUCUAGACUAUCCGGCGUGUGUGUUGUAGUGUUACGCUGGGACGAGAGCUGCAGUUAGAUCACGUUUCUCUCGUCUGUAGCUGCAGAAAGUUCGACCAAGCCAAUGGCGUAACCCCUCAUACCUGCCCCGCCCAUUAAAGGCACUCAGACACGCCCCCUUGUCUUGCCCUGCCCCUUCUCCCCCACGCUGCCUGGAUCUGUGCUGUUUAUGAAGCUAGGAUAAUCCUCCUCCCAAACGGCUCCUUCUGUUUUCCUGGGGAACGAUAUAAAAACACGAGAAAAUCAAGGCUGCCAACAGACAUCGCCAUCCACUUUAUUACUCUGGGGUAAAAGAAUAUUUUAUGUGCGAUAAUUUAUGAUGAGCUUAUUGAAUAAAAUGAAAGGCUAUUCCUC